AUGGCGGACAUUGUGGAGACCCACAACGGCCUGGCUGCUAAAGUAGAAGAGAUACUGAUCCAAAAUGACAACUUGGAGAGUAAAAUGGUGGACAUGGAGGACAGGGUGCGGAGGAACAAACUCCAAUUAAGAGGUAUUCCUGAGACUGUGGGCCCAGCAGAUAUAUAUGCCUAUAUAUUAAGCUUAUUCAAAACACUCAUCCCUGAGAUUUCACAAGAUAUGCUGCUAUUAGACCGCCACCACAGGGUGCCAAAACCCCAGUUUAUCUCAGCAGACAUAUCACGAGAUGUAUUGGUCCACAUCCACUACUAUCACAUUAAGGAGGCAGUUCUCAAGGCCAGCAGAUCUAAGAAGAACAUGCCCUCACCACAUCAAGGGGUCAUGCUUUUUACGGACAUUUCUGCAUUCACGCUAAAAAAGGCACAAGACCUUUUCAGUAGUCACCAAAUACUUGCGCAAGAACAAGAUGCCUUACCGAUGGGGAUACUCCGUCAAGCUCCGGAUUCCAUACGAGGGGAAGAUGGCAGUCUUCUCGACACCAGAAGCUGGUAUAGCAGCCCUCCGAAGUUGGGGCUUGGAACUACCAAACGCCCCCACAGAUAA